AUGAAUUUCGAUGUCGACUACCAAGUUGAUGGUUUCCCCUAUACAGAUAAGGCGUAUUUCCCCCAGUAUGUGCUUGAAAGACUCGUGGAGCUGAUCCCUGAGGCGGAGCUCCCUCACCCGCUCAUAUUCAAAGGUGCGGUCCUGGGGGUUCAUAUGGGCGUGAAAGAGUUUCGGGAGGGGUCUGAACUGAUAGUGGGUGUCAGCCAACAACUAUACGACCGGUUAAAAGUGGAAAGUGAAACGGUACAGCUCGUUCUGCCGCCGAAAGCUACCCAUAUUAAGCUCAAACCGAAACUCGCUUACGAUAUCUUCAAUUACAAGUUCUUUUUGGAAGCAGUGCUUCCCAAAUACUAUACUACGGUGACUGCAGGGCAGACUCUUGUGGUGGAACACCAGGGACUUCGCUAUGAGCUCGCAGUGGAGGAAGUUAAUAACUCGAUGGACCCGAAGACCUAUUCCAUUGUUGACGCUGAUAUUGAAUUGGAAAUCAAUGAUGGUGGCCGCAGUGCUGAAUUAAAAGACCCUGUGGAUUUGGAAUUGGGAGUGACAGUGACAGUGGACGAUGCUGCCGUUAAUGACUCUAAUUUUGUCCCUACCAUAUAUAAAGUGGCCGUGGAUGGGCCAGUGGUGGUAUCGGUGGAUGGUGGUGAUGUUAUCGUUGCCGAAACACCAUUCUUAAACAUGGAACGGUUCCAGUGGACGACGAUGGACCAGGAAACUACUAAGGAAGUGGUGGUGGUACCUGAGGGGAAACGAGAUAUUUACGUGGUGGCAUUCAAAUGGACACAAGGAUCAGUAACGCUAAAAGUUACGCCAGUAACCACUACUACAACUGAAACUGAAACCAUAGAGGCAGCUGUUGAUGACGACUCUUCCAUUUGCCCCUCAUGUGGCCGUGCUAUCCCUAGUGCUCUGUUUGCGCUUCACGUGGCUAGAUGUCAACGGAUGAAUCAAAAGUGUGCUGACUGCGGCCAACCAAAGGUUCAGGGUACUCCUCACUACCACUGUAUUCAGUGUAAAGUGGCCCUGCUGGAUCCUCUGUUUGAAUACCGCCACCAUAAGCUUUUCCAUGAAACAAACUAUACGUGUGAGUGUCCUAACCACCCCAGUUUCUCCAAUUACAUUGAACUCGCCCAGCACCGAGCCACUGAAUGUUCUUUAAAGCCAGUUCUUUGUCAGUUUUGUCACCUUGUUGUCCCUCAAGAAGAGCUGGACUACCAUGACCGUUAUUUGGGGAUCACUCACCAUGAAAAUGAGUGUGGCAAUAAGACUACCGAGUGCUACCAGUGCCAAAAAGUGGUCAGGGUCAAGGAUUUAGCCAACCAUUUACAGAUGCACGAGCUUAACAAACGACAACGGGUGGUUCCCAUAAUCACCAAAUGCUCAAACCGUCUCUGUGUCAAUGCCUCCGACCCGCAGCUGAAUCUGGUCGGUCUCUGUGGCCACUGCUUUGGUCCCCUUUAUACCUCGGUACACGAUCCUACGGGGGCCAAAUUAGCUAGCCGUAUGGAACGUCGGUAUAUCCUUCAAAUGUCGAAAGGAUGUGGCUGGCUCCAGUGUCCUAACCAGUAUUGUCGAACUGGGAAACCCAUGGGAGAAAACUUACGCAUAUUCAGGGAAGAGUUGAAGCCACAAAUCCCUCGUGAUUUCUGGUACUGUGUCGAUGAACUGAUGGACCAUAAACGCCGGCUUGUUGAGUCGUUACUGGAGGUAUAUCCUCCCGAAAGUGUUCUUGAAGCUGCCCAACAGUCAUCGCCAAUGGAAGAAUGGCUCGAACGUCAUGCUAUCAAAGUGUAG